AUGAAGAUAGUUUGCGACGGGAGAUAUAAGGUUCACAAAUUUGAAGAAAGACAUACACACUGUCUGUGCCAGGAAAGUCACAAACCAUUUCUGAAAGUGAAUCGCAAAUUAGAGAUUGCACACCAAGAAUUCAUUACUAAUUGCGAAAAAGCAAACGUUGGUGCAAGCAAAAGUUACGACAUAUAUGCUGAGAUAGUAGGUGGUCCGGAGAACGUGGGUGCGAUGCAACAAGACUUUAAGAAUUACAGGAGGGAGCUAUUAGCGUACAUGAAGUGGGGAGAUGUGCAAAUGGUUAUAUCAAACUAUCUUGAGCAUAAAACAGAUUGUGCUGAUAUGUACUUCGAAUACGAGGUGAACGCAAAUGAUCAAUUAGCUCGUGUCUUCUGGGCGGAUGGUAUGGCAAGGAAAAACUACGGUGCGUUUGGCGACGUGGUAUCCUUUGAUUCAACGUACAAAACAAAUAGGUACCACCUUGUGUUUGUCCCAUUCACAGGAGUAGACAACCACAAGAGAUGUGUGACGUUUGCAGCGACCCUGAUCGAUAAGAAAGACGUGGAGUCGUACAGUUGGGUAUUAAAACACCUCAAGAACGUAAUGGGGACUGCACCACCUUUAAUAAUAACCGAUCAAGACCCAGCUAUGAAAAUUGCAAUCGCAAGUGUGUUUGGAGAUAGUAGACAUCGUUACUAUAUGUGGCACAUAAUGACUAAGGUUAGCGAGAAAGUGGGGGCUGAGAUGUCAAAGAAUAAUGAGUUCCGCCAGGCAUUGAAUAGUGUCGUGUGGAAUGAGCAAUCAACGAGAACAGAAUUCGAGAUUGGGUGGGAAACAGUAAUUGGGAAAUACAACCUACAUGAAAACCGAUGGCUAACACGUAUGUACGAGGAGCGUGCGUCAUGGGUGCCCGCAUUUUUUGAUGAUGUGUUCAUGGGUGGUCUACUACGUACCACUUCCCGUUCCGAGGCAGAGAAUAGGAUUUUCCAAGGUAACAUGAACAAGCACUUAUGCCUAGUAGAAUUUUUCACCUGUUUCGAGCGUACGGUGAGAAAACAACGAAAGAACAACCUAGAACUAAGCGCAAAUUCCAUCGGACAUACACCAGAUUUUAAGACACCACUACACAUUGAGCGAUCAGCAGCAACAGUGUACACGUUGACUAUUUUUUAUGAGGUCCAAAAGGAAAUAAGUGCAGGGUGUUUUAAAUGUCGAGUACGAGCAUUCACUGAGGCAGAAGGGUUAAAGACAUAUGUGGUUGAGGAUGAAAACGAGCAACAAUACACAGUUAUAGUGCAAGAUGGGAGCAACAUAGCAUGCACAUGCAGAAUGUACGCAAGAGUUGAUCUCCUAUGUAGCCAUGUUUUUGUCGUACUCAAAGAUGAACGCAUCGAUGACAUUCCCCCUCAACAUAUCACACCCCGAUGGACACGAGAAGCUGUCAAGCACUCCCCCACUGAUCGGGACGCAGAUAAACAGAAUGGUAACAAGACUUUGGGGCAUAGCAACAAUGAAGAAAGACAACUAUUGAAUAUAUUUCAUAGAUGUUUGGGCAAGGCUAAAGGAAGACCCCAAAAAAUGCAGGAGAUGAGACUGUGCAUGGAAGAGUUUGAAGUAACAUUCGGGGAGGACGAAGAACCUGAGGUGAAUGCAAGUGGGAAGCGUGCAAUAAUGGAGUCGUAUUGCGGUGUCGUAAACCCAAAGACGAUUGAAGUUCAUCCACCCCCCCGUUGCAAAAACCAAAGGGUCUGGCAAACGAAUGAAAUCAGCAAGGGAGGCGGCAAUGGCGGAGCAUUAUAA